AGUGCAAUUCAAACGUUCUUCAACACAGACCUCUUGGGAAAACAAUCAAACCUUCAUUUGCUCAAUAAUGUUCAAAUUGGUGGUGUUGUCAACGAUCCUUGCUCUGGCCGCUGCCCGUCCAGGAGCCAUCAGUUACCAUGCUGCCCCCUUGGUAUACCAUGCAGCACCAGCGCUGAUAGCUAAGCCGGAAAUCCACUACCAGAAGAGUAUUAUCGAGGAACCCACGGUGGCCCACGUAGGAACCGUCGUGAAGCACAUCCCAACGGCCGUUUCGCACCAGAGCUCCACAGUUGUGCACAGUUCGGCGAAGUACUCCGAACCGAUCUUUGCUCCUGCCGUCAAGCAUACCGUAGUGUCUACCCCAAUUGUCAAGACUUCCUACCAUGCCAUCCCAUCCUACGCCUACGCACCGUUUCCGGCUUACCACUUUGGACACUACCAUCAUUAGAAGCGGAAGAAGAAUAAAGAUUCUCAGGAUGUCGCGUGGAAAUUAUUUAUAUACGAUAGGGUUUUACUCGUGAUACCUUCAGCUGGCUACAUACUCAAACCCGUUUAGAAAAAAUGGGUAGAUCCGCUCGACGGGAAGCAGUGCAGAGCAAAGUGCAUUACGUUUACAGUACAUCUUGUUCCGAAAAGGAAGGAACACGGCCAAACUUUUUUUGUUCGCUUUUUGAUUGUUGGUGAAAGAUGAGAAGAUUGGUUGAGAUUACUGUGAAUAAAGUGUGAACUGGAAAAUCAA